AUGUCUAAGCUUUACGUCGGAAACCUGUCCUGGAACACCACGGAUGACACUCUCCGUUCCACCUUCAGCGAGUUCGGCGAGGUCACUGAUUCUAUCAUCAUGCGCGACCGUGAGACCGGCCGAGCCCGUGGAUUCGGUUUCGUUACCUUCGCCAACGAGGACCAGGCUACCGCUGCCGUCAACGCCCUGAACGAGCAGGAGCUUGAUGGUCGUCGCAUCCGAGUUAACGUCGCCAACGCCCGCCCCGCUGGAGGUAACGGCUUCGGUGGUGGCCGUGGAGGCUACGGUGGUGGUCGUGGUGGCUACGGCGGUGGUGACCGUAGCUACGGUGGUGGUGACCGCGGCUACGGCGGUGGUGACCGAGGUGGUUACUAA